ACUUUGCAUGCUUGUGACUGCAUGUUGGUUGCACUUUCUAUGUGCGUUUCAAUAGAUUGAAGAACAGCUAUAAUCUUACCAAUUUGACCAAAACACUUCUAAGAAUGAAUGACAGAGAAUUGGUACGACUUUUGAACCGCUAUUUCAAUCAAAAAGUUCAAGUAAAAAGGRAAGAAAAGGCAAACGCCUUACAUUCUUGGGAGCCUGUCGUCCGAGACAUCCUAAAAAGAGUCACACAAAAGGAUUCUCGUUUUAAUUUCAAGCAGUAUUUUUAUAGCGGGAGCUACUACGAACGUACCAAAACUAAAGCACCAAACGAGUUCGAUGUGAUGCUGGAGAUAGAGUGCCUAAGUCUUGGUGAAUGUAAACCUUAUGAUCUUAGCACAAACGCACCUACAGGUUUUACAACAGUCAAGGUAGACCGAGGAAAGGAGGAUGAUUGGAGGCGUGAUGGYUGCAUGGUGAAUGGAUUACUGAGUGCAACUAAAGUCAAAGCAGUUUUCUCUCGUCUCGUCAAUGAAGCUGUUGGUGAGCUUCGCUAUUUUGAUACUGUGACAGUCAGGACAAGUGGUCCAUCUGUAACAUUGAAAAUCAGGAGUCAAGAUUUCACUGGCUCCAUUGAUUUGACACUGGCUAUCAAAGAUGCUACGUGGCCUGAUGAUGCAGGAAACUGGAAGUACACAAUGAGAAGCUAUAGCUUAAUGCGUCAAUUGAUGUCUUUUGUGGUCAACUUUGAAUCAGGUUGGCCAGCAAAGCGUUUGGUCACAGAAAUUGUCAAUGGUGGUUGUCAUUUGGUUGCUAAGAAACCAAAAGGCAUAAACAGCAGUGAUGCACAUUUGUUUUGGCGUUAUUCAUUCUCUCAAGCAGAGAAAAAGCUUUUCACUGGAGGAAGCACAGGAGAGCCUGGGACAAACCGCAAAAAAGUUCUUCGCAUACUCAAGUCUCUAAAAGAAGACUUACAAAUGACACCUUUGACCUCUUACCAUCUGAAGACCAUCAUGUUUUAUGAAUACGAGGCUUUUCCACAUGACACAGACUGGUUGACUGACAAACUUGCUGCACGCUUCAAGAGUGCUGUGCAAAGGUUGAUGAGAUGUCUUCAGGAGAAGUCCUGUCCUCAUUACUUCAUUCCUAAUCUUAACUUGCUUGAUGACAGCAGUUUCAAUGCUGAGCGCUAUCAGUACUUGAUUCGCAAGGUUGAUCAAAUGUUACGCAAUCCUUCUCAACCCUUGAUAUAUUCUUACAACCGAUUUUACCAAGCUAAAAUGAAUGACAGAGAAUUGGGACAACUUUUGAACCGAUAUUUCAAUCAAAACGUUCAACUAAAAAGGAAAGAAAAGGAAAAAGCCUUGGAUGCUUGGGAGCCUGUCGUUCGAGAUAUCUUAACAACAGUCACACAAAAGGAUCCUCGCUUUAAUUCCAACCAGUUCUAUGGCGGGAGCUACUACGAACGUACCAAAACUAAAGCACCAAAUGAGUUCGAUUUAAUGCUAGAGAUUGAGUCCUUAAGUCUUGGUGACUGGCAGCCGUAUGAUGCAGAUGAAGAUGAUCUUAGCACAGAUCCACCAACAGGUUUCACAACAGUCAUGAUAGACCAGGGAGAGGAGAAUAUAUGGAGGCGUGAUGGCUGCCUGGUGAAUGGAUUGCUGAGUGCAACUCAAGUCAAAGCAGUUUUCUCUCGUCUAGUCAAUGAAGCUGUCAGAGAGCUUGGCAAAUCUCAUACUGUGACAGUCAGAACAAAUGGCCCAUCUGUAACAUUGACAAUCAGGAGUCAAGAUUUCAGUGGAUCCAUUGAUUUGACACUGGCUAUCAAAGAUGCUACGUGGCCUGAUGAUGCAGAAGACUGGAAACAUAAACAGAGAAGUUGGCCAGCAAAGCGUUUGGUCACAGAAAUUGUCAAUGGUGGUUGUCAUUUGGUUGCUAAGAAACCAAAAGGCAUAAACAGCAAUGAUGCACAUUUGUUUUGGCGUUAUUCAUUCUCUCAAGCAGAGAAAAAGCUUUUCACURRAGGRAGCACAGGAGAGCCUGGGACAAACCGCAAAAAAGUUCUUCGCAUUCUCAAGUCUCUAAAAGAAGACUUACAAAUGACACCUUUAAAAUCCUACCACCUAAAGACCAUCAUGUUUUAYGAAUAUGAGGCUUAUCCAAGUGACACAGACUGGUUGUCUGACAAACUUGCUGCACGUUUCAAGAGUGCUGUGCAAAGGUUGAWGARMUGUCUUCAGRRGAAGWMCUGUCCYCAUUACUUCAUUCCUAAUCUUAACUUGCUUGAUGACAGCAGUUUCAAUCCCRAGYGCUAUCAGUACUUGAUUCAAAKGGUUGGUCAGCUGAUAAACAGUCCUUCUCAAGUGAUUCAUCGAUUCAUCYAGUUAAGGCACAUAUAACAUUCUUUAUGGCAUACAUAAAUAACUUCAUGGUGACUGAUAAACUUAAGAAGACUGUAUUAGGUUAAUAAGCAUGCACACAAUGUAGAAACAGUUUUUUGUCCUUAUUAACUAGGAAAUGAUAGUAAAASAAAAAGGAAGUAAAAAGUAAUAUAAAGGAAAUCUAAUCUAAAUUUGUCACUUCUAAAUAGCAUGAAAGACAAUGUAUGUAAUAAAGUUCAAAAAUGUAA